UGGCUCUACCCAGGCCCCGCUCCUUUCGCUAUUAUCAACCCUAUAAGGACAAACUCCUGCCGAGGCCCACCCCUGCCUUCCUUCUGUUGGUCAACUGUGCGGCCAUUAUUAUAAUAAGCAAAGAAUGGGCGGUGGCUUUGCGACGAUGGGUUGGGUUUUCCGAGAAGCCAUGUCCACCUUGUUCCCCUCACUCCUCCCCCGUGUGACUGAGACACUGUGGUUUAACCUGGAUCGACCUUGUGUGGAGGAGACAGAGCUUCAGCAGCAGGAGCAGCAGCACCAGGCCUGGCUCCAAAGCAUCGCAGAAAAAGACAACAACCUGGUACCUAUUGGCAAGCCAGCCUCAGAGCACUAUGAUGAUGAGGAAGAGGAGGAUGAAGAUGAUGAUGAGGAUAGUGAAGAGGACUCAGAAGAUGAUGAAGACAUGCAGGACAUGGAUGAGAUGAAUGACUAUAAUGAAUCACCUGAUGAUGGAGAGGUCAAUGAGCCGCAUUAGGAUCUGACCUACGGUGCAAGACGGCUAUUGUAGAAGACACAGGAAGUGGCUGCAGGGCCCCUUAUGAAGAAGCUGCAUAUCCGUGUCUCCUUGUAGCUCCCAACAAACUGGAGUUUCAUUUCUUCCCCAGUUGCCCCAUUGACCCUCCUGCCCCCUCGUCUAUUCACCUGACAAAUUUGUCAAUCUCUGGCUCCUAUGAUUUUAUAGGCCAUUAGGGUUGAACUGGGAUCCUCACCCUGGCAUUCAAGACCUUAUUAGACUGAUCCUAUCCUCGCUUUCCAGCUCCCAGCUCCUCUCACCUGUAACUGGAAACCACAGCUAUCCCAAACAGCUGUUCCCAGAAUCAACCAUGAUGCCUCAUUCCUCCAUGCCACAUCUGUACAUGUGACUGACUUUGCCUUUCCCCAUUCCCAUCCCCAGCCACCUGGCCAACUUGAAACCAGGCCUUCUAGACUCAAUUCAAGUGUUGCUUCCUCUGGAAGUGCCUAGUAGAAACAACCACUGCAUUUUCCAGGCUUCUGAGAGGCUCCUAGUUUCACACAUCACACCUUUUUAUUGUUCAUUGAAUAUAUUUCUGAUCUUGGAAUUGAUGCUUUUUUAAAAUUUUUUGGUUCUGAAAAUGAAACUCAGGACUUUGCACUUGCCAGGAGAGGAGCUCGUACUGCUGAGCUAUAUCUCUGGCCCAAUUAAUGAGUUUAAGCUGAGGCUGAGAUAAAUACAGGUAGUAUUGUCCUGAAUUUGAUGCAGAAACGUUUAUGGUAGGGAAGAAAGACUUGGGCACAGAUAAUUACAAAGCUGUGUUAUAGUUUCUCCCUGUGUAUUAUGGUUUGAAGCUAGCAUUUGAUUGGUUCAUCUCUAUUGCCUCUACCUCUUCCACACCAAGCACGUUAUCUGGUACAAAAUAGAUGGCAAUAAAUAUUUACCAGAUGAAUAAAUGACUCAGUCAAAGUCCAUUUCCAAAUGAAAAAAGAUACAGAAUCUGUAGAAGAAUAGGAGCCUGCCCAAUUCACCCAGUAAGAUAAUAAAUGGUCCCCGAUCUUUCCUCACCCUUUUGGGGGUACUUCCUGGAAUACUGACCUUUGACAGGCCCCAUGUGGCUCAGGUACUCGCAAUGGCUGCUCCAGUGGUCCAGAGUGGUGAGGAUGUGACCAGGAUCUCCAGGCAGGGCAUGGGUGAGCACAUAGCUGAAGGCUCUCUCCUCAAUCCGUAACCCUGACAAGCAAUCUCGGAGGCUCCUCAGCAAGACUGUGCGCACGAGCAGUCGGAAGUAGUGCCGGUAUCGAACUAGCAGUGUUACCACUAGCGGCAGGAAUGCAAGCGCGAUUGCAGGGGACAUGAUCCCUAUCUGGGCUCUGGGGUGGAAGGAGGUAGGAGAGAAACCCACACCCACAAAUUUCCCUUUGUGUGUGCAGCCAUUACCAGUAGCAUUUGUUAUGCUCAUAUUUUACAGGCUAUGGCUGAGAAAUGCUGUGACUUUUGUCCAGUCACAUUGCAGAACUGGACACAGCAGAUAGUAAACAUUCAUUGAUUUAAAAAGCUAA